GGAAAUGACGUAUAUUAUUAUGUUCCUAGGAUUCAUAAGUCAUUUCCCAUUUACUAGAUGUUUAGUGAAAGCAACAGGCAACAGUUUGGACCCAGGAGAUCAUGGAACUGUACUAUGUCGCUGUGACUGGAGUGAGCUUGUGUAUCCUCAUCACGUUUUGCGAUGGAAAAUCACAGACUUCGAAAAUCAUAGAUGUGAUGUUGCUGGAAGGAGAGAAACCGAACGAGGGGCGAGUCGAAUUUUUACGAUCCGAUUCGACCACGUGGGAACCAAUUUGCGAACAUGGACUGGGGCAUGAAGAGGCAACGGUUAUUUGCCGGCAGCUCGGAUACCCGGGAGUCAAUCACAUCAUCCCGCACUGGCCUCUUGAAUCAAGCAUUGAUCUCGCAGAAUACAGAUUGAACUGUACGGGAGAUGAAGAAAAUCUGGCAAAUUGUUCACUUACUCACCUGCCAUACUGCUUUGGAGAAGCCGGAGGGGUGGUCUGUUACGAUAAUGACUACAUAGGAUGUUAUCCUUUACCUUCGGCUGCGUUCGAAGAGAUCCAAACCCAAUGCGGCUGCGGGCUCCAGAAUAGCGAUGAUUUGACAAUAAUCAAUUGUGAAACCGUCUGCGAUCGCGCAAGUGAAGGCUUUGCUGGGCUCUACCGAGGAAAUUUAUGCCUGUGUGGAAGUAGCUCGUCACCCGUAAGUCAGUCCCAAAGAGUGGAUGAUCGGUUAUGCUCCUACCCUUGUACUGGGAGAACUAUCGAAAAAUGCGGGGGAUACUCUCACGUUGCACUUUUCAAGAGGCUUGGUGCCGCGGAUUCGGAAGUUAACGGUCCCACAGCUCCUACGAGAGAGCUCGUCACAACGAACAGUCAUUCCACAUUUUCUUCUGGAGCUAUUAAUCUGUCGGGAAACUGCACAUGCAUCCCGCAGACAGGAUCUUGGGCUUCUGAAGGAGUGCAGAUUUUCCUUAUAGCUUUCGUCAUAGCACUGAUUCUGUACGGAGUGGCCAUUUCUUUGUUCCACCUCCACUUUAGACGCACUAAUGUGCCACCUGUGACCGAAGAGGGCGGGCCAGACCCGGACAUGGAGCUCCAACCUAGACCAGGCAUGCCAGAGGAUGGCAAGACGUACCAAGAGAUCACCGUCACCCCUACAGCGUCGGCGAAAGGUCCAAGGGAGAGACGUCCCCCACAAACAGAUCUGAUCUACGAAAACCAGACGGUGGCCAAAUAUGCAAGCAAGAUAUUAAGGGAGGGUGGGAAUGAUUACACCGAAAACCCAACGAAUAAAGACAUGUAGGUACCUAUGAUAGAAUGCAAUCGGUAUAUUAUGAAAAACACAAUUUUGUUCGUCGAUGAAGAGGAUUCGAGUCAAUUCGUGAUAAAUUUAUGAGAAUAAAAACACAUGCUAUUUAAUUUGGACAAACAUCCACACGCCCAUAAACCCAUUUUCACACAUACAUAUACUUUCUUUGGCGAUUAUGAUUAUUUUAUAUGUGUAAUAUCCUAAGUGUUUUUAAAACUCAAUAUGCUUCUUUAUUUAUGGCAUGGAAUCAGGGCCUAUCCCCUUUUGAUAUAUGGAGUUCGAUAUUCCAAUAAUGAUUUUUACUAAAAUGCACGUUUUAUAUUACUUUGCUAUAAAAACUAUAAAAAAAUUGAAUCAGCUCAAAAUCUCAUCUGAUAUCACUGACUUCAAGUUUGGAGUUUGGAAGAUAAAAUAUUAUUAUAUUCCUAUGGUUGAUUCGAUGAAAUUUGUUACUUAAGAGGAACUAAAAGCCAUUCAUUUGAAGUGCUUGUUCGACGAAUAACAGCACAUGACUCCCACGUAGCCAAGAAGACAUUAUUAGUAGCAUGUCCAUGCAUUCAUUCCCUAAAGAAACCAAUUUGAACAUAAUGCGAUUGUUUGCAAUAUUCUUCACGACAGUCUGGUAAACAGGCAUCGCGUAGACCACAGUAAACAAUAUAAUUAUGAAGAUAAUCUUUCUUUUUUGGAGAAUAAUUACUUCCUCAUUACAUUGACCCACAAAAUGCGGGACAAAACGCAUAUUUUCUCUUAAUAAUCUCAACGAAGGCACGCUUAGUGAUUCAUGUAAGUCUUUUGUUAAUUUGAUUUCUUGUUCAAAUAUUA